AUGAACAUCGAUCCUGGAGACGAAAUAGAUAAAGUCCUCGACUUGGAACAGCAGUACUAUCAGGAGGGGUACGAGGAAGGUCAGCGUGAAGCUACCCAUCACCAGUUCAUCGAGGGAAAAGAAUAUGGAUAUCAAACUGGAUUUCAGCGAUUUAUAGUCAUUGGAUAUAUGAAAGAAGUACUAAACAUAUGGCGGAAACAGGAUGGAAAAGACAUAGAAAAGAGCAUGGAGUCACAUCUAAACCAAUUGGAGCGCUUGUUAGACGUUCCAAUGACUAACGGAGACUCAGAGGUUGCGGUGUAUGAGAAAAAUGUAGCAAAGGCUAGAAACAAGUUAAGGGUGAUAGCUACUAUUCGAAAGGACCAAGCUAGGAUAUCCAAGUUGGAUCAGUUGGUAGAUGAAAUAGGUGGAAAGCUACAGGUUAGCGAAAACGUCGACGAAAUGUGGUGA